GUUUUUGCGCGGUGUUUGGUUACGUGAUCUAACCUCGAAAUAGUUCAAUUCAUUGUGCAAGUAAAAUCUCUGAAUACUGCAAAAAAGACUGUAAAAAACUCAGUUAAUAUUAAGAAUUUUAUUAAGUAAGUGUUUUACGAAUGGCUCGAAGUCAGGAUUUGGUGUCCGUCCUGCGGGGGCUUCAAAUUGUGCUGGAGGCCACAGUGAAGAACCAAGAACAGUGUGUGCAGAGAUUGUGGGCUAAUUCCAGCAUCCGCGAAAUUUUUAAUGAAAACCGCCUUAUUAGCACACAAUGCCUCAACAAAUUCCUUCAAAAUCCCUCCAAGGAGCUCUCUGAGGCAUCUAAUUCCCUGAAGGAAGCUGCGGAGAGGAGUUCCGUGGUGCUGGAAGGUAUCCGUCAGUAUACAGCUAGUUCUGUGAAAUUUGAGCCGAAGGAAAUCACGAAAGACCUGGGGAACAUAGACGUAGCAUCACUGACUCUCAAGGAGCUUGAGCACUACCUGGCUCAGAAUAAGAAUAGAUCUCCUGAAAUGUUUAAGACUUUGCGUCAGGAAGAAUUGGGAACUCCUCUGGCUCCGACUUCUGUCACUGAAGAUGAGAAGUAUGUCAAGGAGUGGGUGAAUUUUAUAGCAAAGGAAGAUGAGAAAGCUAAAGACAUUGUUCCGGAAGUCAAGGUGCCCCCGGAAGAAGCCAAAACUCCCAUGAAUAUUCCCCAACUGAGUGCAGUUGCUAAACAGAGGAAGGUUCCUGCCACAAGAAUCGGCAGGAUAAUGUCUUUCGGAGGACUCUUCGCUGGAGUUGGACUGGGAACAAUUGGAGAGCUGACUAAAGGUGCACUUGGUUUGGGAGGGACGACAAAUGUCAAGGAGGCUGUCUUCAAUCAGGCGAAUGCUGACAGAAUCGUGGACACUUUAUGCAGAGUCCGUGGAGCAGCUCUUAAAAUUGGCCAGAUUCUCAGUAUUCAAGAUACCUCAAUAGUAUCCCCUCAGUUAGUGAAGGCUUUUGAGAGAGUCCGGCAGGCAGCAGAUUACAUGCCGGAUUGGCAGGUUGAGAAAGUUCUCCGGAACGAAUUUGGGAAAGACUGGGAGCAGAAGCUGAAAGAAUUUGACAGGAAACCUUUUGCAGCUGCCAGUAUUGGACAGGUUCAUCGAGGAGUCCUGCACGAUGGAACAGAAGUUGCAAUAAAAAUUCAGUAUCCGGGUGUGGCUGCAAGUAUCAGAAGUGACAUUGACAACCUGGUUGGGCUCUUGAAAGUCUGGGAUGUCUUCCCGAAAGGAAUUUUCAUUGACAAUGUCGUUAAGGUCGCAAAGAGAGAAUUAGUUUGGGAAGUGGAUUACUUCCGGGAAGCUGAUUACACAGAAAAGUACGCGGAGAUGGUGGCAAAUUUCCCUCAAUAUCGAGUUCCCAGGGUCAUUAGAGAUCUCACCACAAAGAAUAUCCUAACGACCGAAUUGGUUCCGGGUGUCCCCCUGGAUCAAUGCUUUGACCUGGAUGAGAGUCAUAGGACAAUAAUUGGGAGAGGAGUGAUGCAGCUCUGCAUGCAAGAAUUGUUUGUCAUGCAGUGCAUGCAAACUGAUCCCAAUUGGUCAAAUUUUCUCUACGACACGCAGUCCAGGAAGUUGAUGCUGAUUGAUUUUGGGUCUACGAGGUUCUACACGAAAGAAUUCAUCGACAAUUACUUGAGAGUAACAAUAGCUGCCAGUCGUAAGGACAGGGAUACUGUUCUGAAAAUCUCCCGGGAGAUGGGCUUCCUAACGGGAUACGAGAGCAAACAAAUGGAAAAUGCCCAUGUGGAAGCCGUAAUGAUCCUCGGGGAGUUAUUUUCUUGCGAUGGGGCUUUCGAUUUUGGCCACCAGAAUACGACAAAGAGGAUUGUAGAUCUGGUUCCUACCAUGGUGGCUCAUAGGCUGUGUCCUCCUCCGGAUGAGAUCUACUCCAUUCACAGAAAGCUCUCAGGAGUUUUUCUUCUCUGCAGCAGGCUCAAGGUGAAGAUUGCCUGCCAGCCGAUAUUCAAUGAAAUUGUCAAGAACUACACAUUCGGAUGAAUUCCUUUAUUUCCUGGAAGAUCCUCUAGGAUAGGUGCUAGUGAUUGGAGUGAAAAGUGAACUUUCUAUAUUUGUACUUUGUGGUUUUUGUGAAAUAAAUAGACUUUAAGCAAAAA